AUGGCAACAACACGUGAACGUUAUCUUCAGUGGAAAAAUCGUUUAUUAUUACCACAAUUACCAAUCGAGAUAUGGUCUCAUGUUUUUUCAUAUCUUGAAAUCUCUGAUUUAUUAUCACUACGUCUUGUUUCACGAUUAUUCUAUUCCUGUGCUAAUCGACAUACGCCGUUUUGGUUAUCGGUGAUAUUUGAUAUUGAUCAAUGUCCUAAUUAUUUAAUUCAGACAAAUCUAUUAAAUAAUGUUCGUUCAUCGAAUGUGAAUUUAUUUACGAAAUCGAAUCUUUACUCUCAUUGCAAUAUUUAUUUAAAAAGCCAACCAUUAAUAAGUUCAAGGAAUAAACGACGUAAACGACGUUUACUAUUGUCUCAACAAAAUGAUGAUGAAUCAAAAAAACAAUUACAUUUACGUUGUUCAUCAGUUCAUUUUGAGUCGCUUCGAUCAUUUGAUCAAUUACAACUUGAGUGUCUAUUAACAAAGCGUGUACGCCAUUUAGAAGUAUCAUACGAAUGUCUGCCAACGGAACCAUCGCUUAAUUUUCUAUUAAAAAUCGAACGAUUAAGAUAUUUAAAACUUAUAUUUAUGCAUAAUAUUAAUGAACUUGAUUCAUUUUCUACAAUGAUAAUUAAUACAAUGCAUGAUAUUAUUAUUUUACUAUUCAAAUUAAAAAGGUAUACAAUAAAACAAUGUUUAUUUUUAGAGCCAUGA